GUACAUCUUAGUAUUCUCCCCUGGAAUACGGCGUAGGCAACGGCCAAGGACUUACUUCGGCUCCUUCCAGACCAACGGCCAAUGGACUAAGGGCUUGGAACGCAUGGCGUAUCGGAGUACCCCUGGGAUGGAUAGGUUAUCGGCAACCGGCUUGUGGGCAGCACUCCGACUUUCUCCACCAUGAACUCCGACAUGGGUGACGUAUAAGUCGGACCGGAUCCCAGUAGCGAUCACAUCUUCAAUCGCCAUACAAUGGCAAUGGCAAUGGCAUCUGGAUCGCUGCUAUUAGGUCUUCUGGCCCAGCAGGCUGCUGGAGAGCUCCUUGUUCCUCACUCUCCGCCUGCAGGUGCUAGUGAGCCCGUACCAAAGGGAGUUUCUUCGUUUUCAAUUGAGUUCUCAUCAGUUGUCGACUACUUCGGAAACACGACUCAUCCUAAUGAGUAUUCGCAAAACCUGCUAUCCAACCUGAAGAAUGCCGUAGGUGCAUUCCCGAAGAUCCGAAUUGGAGGGGCUACACAAGAUCGCGCAUUCUACAACCCCAACCAAAAUGCCGCCAUCAAUCUAACCUACGAAACCCCCACCGACGACCAACCCAUCAAAGUAACCUACGGCCCCGACUUCUUUCAGUCUUACCACGCCAUCCCGGGCCUCGAAUUCUCCCACGGCCUGAACCUCGCCUACAAUGGCUCCGACCAAUCCACCCAACUCUCCUCCGCCGCAGCAGCUGCCUGCAAAAAUAUGGGCUCGACCCUCCGCCUCUCGGAGCUGGGCAACGAGCCGGACUUCUACCCGGGAUACCCGAGUUACAAUCGCCCGCCGAACUGGACUAUGGCGGAGUAUAUCCGGGAGUGGAAUUGGAAGACUGGGGUUGUGGCGAAGGCUAUGGAGGAGGAGUGUCCGGGGGUUAAUGUAGGGGUUGUGGCGCCGAGCUUUAUCUGGAGUAAUUGGUCGGGGAGGGCGCCGUGGGAUCCGCAGGAUGUGUUUAGGAUGGGGUUGGAUAGGAGCUACAUGGACACGGACUGCGAAGAACGUUAUGGUCUCACAGAUUUGUCUAUGCAAAGUCUCCUCAUGAACCACACUGGUGUCGUCGGCUCCCUAGCCGUCCACCUAGAGGCUGCCCGUGACCUCUCCUACCUCGGACUCCCAUACACCCUGGACGAAGUCAACGGAAUGGCCCUCCAAGGAGGCGCCUGGACCUGGAGCAUGGGCAGCGCACUCUGGGCUGUCGAUUUUGCCCUAUGGUCUGCGACAAACAACAUCAAACGCAUCAACUUUCACCAAGGCACCGGCUACCGCUACGUAGCCUGGCAACCCGUUCCCGUCGACGGCGCAGAACCAAACACUCGACCUCCAUACUACGGGCAGAUAAUGGUUGCCCAUGCCCUGGGUGAUUCCAACUCCACCCGUCUCGCCAACAUCCGUCUCUCUGGAGACACGGAGUCCGCCUACGCCGUUUACCACAACAACAUACUCUCCCGCCUCGUGGCCCUCAACCUGGAAGCAUGGUAUGCCAACUCUACGAGCCCACGACCAAGCAAGGAAUACACCUUCCGCGUUCCUGGUCGGUACACCACAGCCAAUGUCCUGCGAUUCAUGGGUCCAGGUGCGGACGCGCGCUCGAAUUUGACCUUUGGAGGCAUGUCGUAUGAUUAUGAGCUUGGUGGUGGAAAGCCGGUUGUUAUUGAUGAGAUGAGAAAGAAGGAGAGGGUUAGUGUGAAAGAUGGGCUGGUUAGGGUUGAGGUAUCGGCUUCGUCGGGGGUUGUUUUGGUUUUGAGGUAGUUGGCCUGUCAGAUAUAAACAUGCCUAUAGGUUUCUGGAUAUGUAUCUGUCUAGAUUUGAUUCUACUAUGGGAUACAACAAUAAAUGUGAUCCGGU